AUGACAUUCGGUAGGCUAUCUCCAUGCCUAAUACCGAUCGUCCUUCUGGUCAUAAUUAUUUACCUUUCACAGUCAGUUGAAGCCGGUACUAAUUGUUCUGCUGCUGAUGCUACAAGAAAUUGUAUUGAUGGUUUAAUUGUACCAAUAUGGAGACCAUUUCUAGAUCUUACAAUUGAAGAUAGAUUUAUAAGAGGUACAAUAUAUUUUGUAAUAAUUGCCUACAUGUUUUUGGGUGUUUCUAUUGUUGCUGAUAGAUUUAUGAGUUCAAUUGAAGUUAUCACAAGUAUGGAACGAACUGUUGUAGUUAAAAGACCUGGUCUUGAACCAAUGAAAGUAACAGUUAGGAUAUGGAAUGAUACAGUUUCUAAUUUAACAUUAAUGGCUCUUGGUUCAUCUGCUCCUGAAAUUCUUUUAUCAAUCAUUGAAGUUAUAGCUCGUGGAUUUGAGGCUGGUGAUCUUGGACCAAAUACAAUUGUUGGAUCUGCUGCAUUUAAUCUUUUUAUGAUUAUUGCUAUAUGUGUUUCUGCUGUUCCAUCAACUGAAAUUCGUAGGCAAAAACAUUUAGAUGUAUUUUUUGUUACAGCUACAUGGUCUGUAUUUGCAUAUAUAUGGCUUUACCUAAUUCUUUCAUUUUUUUCACCUGGUGUUAUUGAAAUUUGGGAAGGUCUUCUUACAUUUGCAUUUUUCCCAUUAACUGUAUUAACUGCUUAUAUUGCUGAUAUUAAAAUUAUUCAAAGAAGAUUUUUACCAAGAAAAUAUCGUAGAUCAUCACAUGGAAUGAUUGUAACUGAAGGAGAAGAAAUGAAGAUGUUAGAAGAUGCUACUGAUCCCGCAGUCAAAGCUUUUGAGGAACAUAGACGUGAAUUUAUUGAAACAAUGAGAGAAAUAAGAAGAAAAAAUCCUCAUAUUGAUCCUGUUGAAUUACAAAAACAAGCUGAAUAUGAAAUGAUUAGUAAAGGACCAAAAACUAGGGCAUUUUAUCGUGUUCAGGCAACAAGACGCCUUAUUGGAGGUGGAGAUAUUGUUAAAAAACGUUUGGAUAAAGAACAUGAUAAAAAUCUUGAUGCUAUUAUUCAAGCCCAAGAAAAACAGGCACGCCAAAAUACAUGUAGAAUUUUCUUUGAUCCAGCACAUUAUACAAUUUUAGAAAAUGUUGGUACAUUUGAUGUUGUUGUUGGGCGUGAUGGAGGACCAGAAGGACUUACAGUUAUGGUUGAUUAUUACACUGAAGAUGGAACUGCAAACUCAGGAAGUGACUACAUUCCUGUUAAAGGAACUCUAACAUUUUAUCCAGAAGAUAAACAUCAAAGAAUUUCAAUUGAAAUUGUUGAUGAUGAUGUCUUUGAGGAAGAUGAACAUUUUUAUUUACAUCUUAAAAAUCUUCGUGUAAGAACUAAGGAUGGUCUUAUUUUAGACCCAACAAGAAUUGGAGGAAUUCCAGUAGCACAAAUUGAAACACCUGCUACUGCAACAAUUAUGAUAUUAGAUGAUGAUCAUGCUGGUGUUUAUUCUUUUGAACAUGAUCAUUUUCAAGCUGUUGAAUCAUGUGGUCAUAUAUCUGUUAGAGUUCAAAGAACAAGUGGAUGUAGAGGAAAAGUUAUCAUUCCUUAUAAAACUUCUGAUGGUACCGGAAUUGCUGGAAAACAUUAUGAAGCUAAAGAGGGAGAACUUGUUUUCGAAGACAAUCAAACAGAAGCUUUUAUUGAAAUAGGAAUUAUUGAUACCGAACAAUAUGAAAGAAGUGAUUACUUUUUCCUUGAAUUGGGUCCUCCAAUAUGGGCUAAGAAAAUGUCUGAUUUAUCUAAAAUACAAGAACGUUUCCAUCGUCGGAUGGAAAGAAAGCGUGGAUCAGUGACAUCAUCAAGUGUUGAUGAUAAAGAAGAAGAUGAGAAACAUCAACAUAGAUUGGCUAAAAAGUUAGAGGAAUGGUUCUCUAAUAACAAGAAAGAAGAUUUUUCUGAAGCUCCAUAUGAUUUAACUCAGGAUCAAUUAGAAGUAGCUGAAUUAGGAAAACCAAGACUUGGAGAAUUUAGAAAAUGUCAAAUUACAAUUAAGGAAUCAAAAGAAUUUCAAUCUGUUGUUGAUCGCAUGCUUAAAACUGCCAAUACAUCUCUUAUGCUUGGAACAAGCAGUUGGCGUGAACAAUUUAUUGAUGCACUUACUGUAUCAGCUGGAGAUGAUGAUGAUGACGACAAUGAUGAUGAUGUAGAAUCUAAAUCAGGAUCAGCUGUUAGCCUUCCAAAACAACCAACAACAUUUGAUUAUGUAAUGCACUUCCUUUGUGUGCCAUGGAAACUUGCUUUUGCAACAAUACCUCCAACAGAAUAUUGGGGUGGUUGGGCAUGUUUUGUUGUGUCAAUUGUUAUGAUUGGUAUGUUAACAGCACUUAUUGGUGAUUUAGCAUCACAAUUUGGAUGUUGGGUUGGAUUAAAGGAUGCCGUAACUGCCAUUACUUUUGUAGCUUUAGGAACAUCAGUUCCAGAUACUUUUGCAUCAAAAGUUGCUGCUAUUCAAGAUAAGUAUGCUGAUUCAUCUAUUGGUAAUGUAACAGGAUCAAAUGGUGUAAAUGUAUUUUUGGGAAUUGGUAUUGCUUGGACAAUGGCUGCUGUAUAUCAUUGGUAUCAUGGUAGAGUAUUUUAUGUUAAUCCAGGAACACUUGCUUUUUCUGUAACUAUUUUCUGUAUUGAAGCUGUCAUUUGUAUUGCAGUUAUUGUGUUAAGAAGACACAAAUCUGUUGGUGGUGAAUUAGGAGGACCAUUAAGAUAUAAAGUUCUUACAUCAGGAUUCUUUAUCUGUUUAUGGUUAUUCUAUAUUGGAGUAUCUUCUUUAGAAUCUUACUGUUACAUUGCCGGUUUUUAA